CUCGAAACAACAUCCUCUGACUUCUUAAACCAAGUGCUCCAAAUAGUUGCAGGUUUUCGUUAACAAGCUCCAUGUCCUAAGCUCUUUCUUCUUCUUCCUAGUCUUUGCCCAAGCCUGAGCAAUCUUGGUACCAUUUUCGUAGCCACAGCUCCAUUUCUUUUAGAAGGUUUCAAUGGAAGAAGUCGAAAUCCCAUCUUAUUUCCUAUGUCCCAUCUCUCUUCAAAUCAUGAGAGAUCCGGUGACCCUCACCACCGGCAUGACCAUCGACCGCGAGAGCAUCGAGCGAUGGAUAUUCUCCGGGAAGCACAAGACGUGCCCGGUCACCAGACAGCCAUUAUCUGACCUCGAGCUCACCCCCAACCACACCCUCCGAAGACUAAUCCAGGCAUGGUGCACCGCCAACGCCUCGUAUGGCAUCGAGAGGUUCCCGACCCCCCGACCUCCGGUGUGCAAGGCCCAGAUCGCCGCCCUCCUCGAUGAGGCCAAGCUCCCUCACUCCCUGAUGAGCGCCCUUCGCAAGCUCAAAGCUAUCGUCUCCGAGAGCGAGCGCAACAAACGGUGCGUCGAGGCCUCUGGUGCAGUGGACUUCUUAACAUCUCUCAUAAAGAAAAGCAAAUCUAACCCGAGAGAGCAACAACAAGAAGGAUAUAUCAAUGAUGGGAUAGAGUUGGACACAAGCGCUAGUGAUGAAGCUCUCAACAUUCUUUACUCUCUCCAAAUCUCUGAACAAAGCCUUCUGCAUCUCAUUGAAAGGAAUGAUGGCUUCAUCGAGUCGUUGACGGCCAUUUUACGUCGAUCAAACUAUCAGUCACGGGCUUAUGCUAUCCUGCUGCUUAAAUCUCUACUCUCGGUGAUCGCUCCGGCCCGGCUGACAAGUUUCAGUCAGGAGUUCUUUGAAGAGGUGGUAAACGUGUUACGAGACCAGAUAUCGCACCAGGCCACGAGGGCAGCACUGCAGGUUCUCGGCCUGCUCAGCCCAUGGGGAAGGAACAAGGUUAAGGCCGUGGAAGCUGGUGCGGUGCCGGUGGUGAUCGAGUUGCUUCUUGACGAGACCGAGAAGAGGGCAUGCGAGAUGAUGCUGGUGGUUCUCGACCGGCUGUGCGGGUGCGCAGAGGGGCGGGCGGAGAUGGCGGGGCAUGCAGCAGGGUUUGCGGUGGUGUCAAAGAAAGUGCUCGGGGUUUCGCCGGCGGCGAGCGAGAGGGCGGUGAGGAUACUAUACUGGGUCGCCAGGUUCUCGCCGACACCAGCCGUGCUGCACGAGAUGGUUCUGGUAGGGGUGGUAACUAAGCUCUGUAUUCUGCUUCAGGUGCACUGUGGGGAGAAGGCAAAGGAGAAGGCCAAGGAGAUACUUAGGCUGCACUCCAGGGUUUGGAGGAAUUCUCCUUGCUUAGCACCUCAGUUCCUGGCUUCAUACCCUUGCUAGAGAAACAAAAGAAAGGGAGGGAUUAGACCACUAGUGUACGUUAUAAUUGAUUGGAGAGUAUUGGAGUGCAUUAAAAUUGAUUUAGAGGUUGCCCAAAUCAAGAAUGUGUCCACAAAGGCAGAGAUUAGAUUUUCUUAAUUUUCUUUGUUUUUUUUAAUAAUAUCAACGCAUACUUCUGUU